AUGGAAAAUGUUACCAGUGUGGAUAUUAUGGACGCAUUACCAUUCACGUACAGCGAAAGGGUAGGCGUUGCAAUAUUGCUUCUGAUUAUCUUCGUUCUAGGCACAGUUGGAAAUAGCAUCGUCAUCUUGGCUGUUGCCCUGUCUAAGGAUUUACAGACUAUUCCUAACGUGUUUGUAGUGAGUCUAGCUGUGGCAGACUUAUGUUAUUGUCUGCUUCUUCCGUUUAGCUCAGUGGUACCUUUACUCUCUAGGGACGGGUGGCGCUCAGAAACUCUUUGCUUCCUUCUAGCGCUCAUGGCCUUUACCAGCGUCGGGUCAAGCUUGUACAAUCUCGCAUGCAUCGCUCUCAACCGCCUAUUUGUGAUUAAAGGACCAGUGAAAGCACACGAGUGGCUGUUUACCACCAAGAAGAUUGUCAUCAUGGUGGCUGGUACGUGGGUUAUCCCUCUGGCAGCUAUGCUGGUUCCACUCGCCUUCGGGAUCGGUGCUUUGGGGUACGACGAGCAGGAUAACACAUGCAGUGAUAUUGACACACACCUACGAUUCAUGGAGUACCAUUUGAUCCAGGUGUUCUGUUUUUAUCCUAUCCCACUUCUGAUACUAACUAUCAGUUACUCUCUAGUAUUCAUACACGUCAAGCGUCAUUUCAAGCACAGAGAAGAGUCAUUUAGGUCAUCACAUGAGAUGACUGACUUUCAAGCAGACGAUGAGAUGCAAGAACAAGUCACUGCGCGUUUCAAGAAACGCGCGAACAGACAACAACUUCAGAUCACUAAAAAUCUCUUCAUAGUGACCUGUUUAUUCGUUGUGUGUUUCUCCCCAUAUUCAGUUGCUCUUCUAGUGACCUCUAACGCGAGAACAUUGCUGUUUCUGUCGGUGUUGUUUACAUUUAACAGCUGUGUCAAUCCAAUAGUGUACACUGUGAACCAUCCACGGUUCAAUGUUGUCAUUCGAUGUAUCUUAGGAUGUAGGUUCGGGGAUAUACCUAAACCAUCAGGACUUCUUGUGUCGACCCGUGAAAGAUUCUGUCGAGCAUAA